UCAGUCACCUAUCCAGUGAAACCUACACCUCUGAUCCAGAUUGAUCGAGAUAUUUAUCGUGGUACUUACGGUAAUUUGCAAAGCUCCUUGACUGAGCAGCCAUCGGUAUCCAGUCAUCAUUUGCCGCCACCUGGGGCGGAGCUAUCUCAUGUUUCAAACAAAAUUUCAGAAAACGCUGAUCCGUUGGUGCAACAACCGAAUAGAAUGCAGAUACAUUCCACUGCUUCUCUGGAUGUCAAUUAUGGGGAUCUUGAGGUUUAUAGUAGCAAAACAGACGAGGACCAGGAGCAACAAGCCACACAGCUACCGCUCAUGGUACACACACCGGACCAAGUCUGGGGUCAAAAUGUUGAUCAAACUUUAGAUGUGCCCAAGUGGACAUAUCCACCAAGGGAUAAACUGUCUGUUAAAUCAAAAGAUCUCAUCAGCGGUGCAAGCAGUGUGGAAAAUCAAAGCCUGGAACCGGCAACAGUUCAACGAGUAGCUCCCUCUAGUCAAGAUGACACUACUGAGGCUAGUAAAAUUACCACAAGAGCAACUGAUAAAGCAUACGAAUCGAAGACCGAUCGAGCACAAGAACAAUCGCAAUCGUCCCUACCAAUAUCCGUUUUGACUCCUUUAAUAACGGAACAACCUACCUCCACCACAGUACUUGCCGCAGAGGAUCGACCGGUGAAUGAAUCCGAAAUAAUAUCGAAACUAUCACCCAUAUUGAAAACAACACAACUUUCAUUCGCCAUGACCGGUCCACCUUUGUAUGUCGAAAAUGCUGAUGAUUUGAAGGAUCGGCUGAGUCUACCAACAAUGGGCAAAUUGUCUGGCGAGAUUCUAACCGCUCCGAGUCUCGACACGCAAUCUAUGAUCACUACUGAUGUGCCUAGCCCGAAACAUCCCGAUGGAAAGGGUCCACCGUUAUACUACGAUGAGACGAGGGAUUUGAUGAAUGGGCCUACUGGCCCCAGUCUGGAAGAGUUGUCGAGUCUCAUUCAGUCUGCGCCGGUUUGCGAUUCGCUGCGGUCGGAAAUGAUUCUGCUGGGUUCGUAUUAUGUUAAUUCUCCAUCAUCUGAGGAUCGAUCGCUGCUGUCGGCGCACGUGUCCCAUGAACACUCGGAUGGUCAGGCCGAGUCGACUGCAUAA